AAUCAGAAUUUGCAUUUAAUUAUCUAAUGUCUGAUAAAUCAAGAUAUGAGGGUUUUUUAAGAAAGGUAAAAGGCAUGGUUAUGGAAUAUAUUUAACAUAAAAUGAAUAUUUAGGAACUUAUUAUUUUGCCAGUGGUAAAUAAUAUGUAGGUCAAUUUAAGAACUCUAAAUUCAAUGGAUAAGGAGAAAUGUUUUGGGCUAACAAUUAAUAUUAUAAGAGUAAUUAUAGAUAGCAUUUGGAUUAGGUCACUUUGUAAAUGGAUUAUUUGAAGGUUAAGGAUACUUUUAUUAAUAAGAUUAAUAGUUAAUAUAUGAUGGAUUAUGGAAGAAUGGAAAAAAAAUGGCAAGGGAAAAUAAAUUUAAAAGGGUAUAGAAGUCAUUGGAUUUUGGUAAAAUGA